CGUCGUGCACGACUGCGACAAGCGUGCACUUCAACACCACCACCACUCUACAUUCCGCAACAACGGAAGAAAAUUUGAUCGCUACUAACAGACAAUACUGAUAGAAUUGUAGAUGAAGUAAUGAGCUCGAUGAGAUCACGUUUGGGGUGGCUUAGCCUCAGGCGGCCGCCCGCAGGUCCUCCUACAACGCCAACCCACCUUGCACUUCUUCUGCUCUGUCCUGCACUCUUUUCAAAACUCGCUUCAACGCUCUUACAGUCAUACUGGUGCAUUGGCAUCUUUUGUAUACCCAUUGCUGCUACACUUCGUCGUUUCUGCCAUAUCCCAGCACCCUCAUCAUCACCACUAUCCACACCUUAGGCAUCCACGACCUUGUGCCAUAGCAUGAACAGGCGCUUGGCAAUUGUGGUGUUGUUCACCCUCUGCUUCCAGCCAGCAGCAGCAGCGAGUCCAGCCAUGGAUUUCUCUUACCAUAUGCCGUCCAUGGAGCAAUUCUACACUGACUUCGACGGCACGCUCCGCUGCUUGGAUUGCGCAUUCAUCUACUUGGACUGCGCAUGUGCUCUGUCCCAGAGUUCGUCGUCUUACCCCUCCCCGCCUUCAAAUGAAUCGUCGUUGUACGACCCUCCCGUCAUCAACGCACACAGUGACGCGGUGGACCUCACUGAGGUACCGAACUUCGUCACCGACUCGUCGCGACUUCUCAUGGACAGCACGUUCCAAUAUAUAAAUGAAGAUGCGACCACUGUCCAGCCUGUCACCGUCCAGGCCCACAUCGAAGACACGUACCUCCCUGGCUGCCGUCAACCGACGUCACCAGCAGAGUCACAAUGCGGACCUCAAAGACGUCAGGCGCCCCGUAAGAACGGGUUCGCUUGUAAUGCUGAGGGUUGCAACAAGGCGUUCGAUCGUAACUGCGAACUGAACCGCCAUCUCAAGGUACAUCUUGGCCGUAGUGAGAGGCCUCACAGAUGCACGUGUGGUGAGGGGUUUCUCUAUCCCAAGGACCUCAUUCGCCAUCAACGUAAGCACGUCGAGCAAGCCGCUGCCAAGGUCACCUACUACUGUCACGUCCCCGGAUGCACCAACACCGAAGGCUUCUCUCGUCGUGACAACCUCCUUCGUCAUCAUCGCCGCCAGCAUGAGGGUGUUGCUUCACCUCCUGCGUAGCUUCUAAUGCCUUGGUGGCAGUCAUUGCAGCACACUACGCUAUGUCUUGUGGUUCAAUACUGCCACAUGCGCUCACUCAUGUUGCCCAUUCCACCACCGGGGGCGCCCAGAUCAUGUCUGUGUCCUCUUGUAUACGUUGCCUUGGCAUCUCUGCUUCCUGUUUGCAUAUCUGCGCCAGCUUCGAGCCUUGCCUCUACUCGCAGCUGACUCUCUAUUCUUCACUGUUGAUAUACCCCUUCCCGGCGCCCAAUGUGCGCGCUGCUGGCAAUGUUUUUUUCCCUCGAUUGGUUGAUCAUCUCAUACCUGUGUUCUGGCCGUUACUCGCAUCGCAAAAGCUCGACUUUGGUCUCUUACGUUGUUUUUGCACUAUUGCGUUCGCAAGAUGGAUAUCGAUGCAACACAUCUAAGGCAUUGCUGGACUUGCUGGUCAUGGCUAGCAUCAAAAAUAGAAUUAUCUUACCUGGCGUUAUCAGCCUUGAA